AUGGCUGACAAUUUGCAAAGCAGGAAUAGACCACUACUCGCCACUGCCGAAACUUUCGAGCUGAUCAUGAGCAACAUCGACAGCUGCGGGUAUCAGACCUCUGCUAUUGCUGCCGAUGCCGGACACCCGGUAACCGAAGAAAUGAUUCGUGCCCACGACGACUCACAUUUCUACUUUAUUAGAGCGAAGUGCCAGAAAAGACCGGUGAGCUCUGGAAAAUUGGACGUCUGGAUCGGCGACAACAGCGGAAAGGUUUGCAAGAAUUAUCUACUGGAGAUAAAAGCUGUGUUUUUGAUACGUUUCGAGGAAUUACCCGCGUGGACUCGUUCGACACAUAUCCUCAAGCCCGCAUCCCUCCCUGAGGCGGGGGUAAUUAUCUCCGUUGAGCAGUUGGGGGCUAUCAUUAGCCAAGCGGUGGUGCCCACUACAUGGAACACACCGGGUUCGUCCGACCAGUUCUCAAGAAGCUACCAUUGGAGGAAAACUGGCAGUGGACGGGAGGAAACGACAAUCGCGCACGAAGACGACUUACCGUUCUACGGCUCGCUCUUCCCUCCGUCCGAACUGAAACGUCGAGGAUUCUGUGCGAUUAACACAAAUCGGUUAUCAGCGUGA